AUGGGCUGUGCCGGCUCGGUAUCGAAGCAAUCGCUUCACGAUGAGCUGGAGGCCACAGAGCGGGAAUUGGAAACAGAACGCCGAAGGCUCCAGGAGAAAGAUUUGCAGAUCGCCAGCGUGUCAGAAUGCCUGCAGCGGCAAUUGCUGGCUUCGGAACAGGAAUCUGCAAAAUCUCGCUCACUGGAAGACUUGCACUCCGAGUUGCAGGCCAAGCAGCAAGUACAUGCAGAAGCUUUACGUUCCCAGAAGGAAAGACUCUGCAGGAACCACGAGGAGGAGUUGCAAACAACACUCAAGGCUCGAGAAGAAGAGCUUUGUCGCAGUCUUGGCGAUCAAGAGGAACGUGCUCGAGCAGAGGCGGCCAGCCGAUAUGAAGCAGAAGAAGUGGCCAAAGCAGAAGUAGCAGCCAGAAUGUCUGAGGUCGAGGCCGCAGCUCAGAAGCAAGCCCAACGACAUCGUGCAGAGGUGGAGGCAGCCAGAAGUGAGCUUCACAUGCUUAAAAGCCAGGUUGCUCCUCUCCGGGCGGAGCAUGUUGAGGCUACGGAGAUGUUGCGGGAAGCCCGAAAGUCUCUCAAAUCGGAGCAGGAGGAACGUGCAUCUGGCAGACACGCGACGGCUUUGGAGGAUCGCUUGGCAGAGGCCCAUCGUGAGCACGAGCGUGCUGAGCAACGGCAUGGUGACGUGACUUCGUUUUUCAAGGUUCAGCUGCGAGACUUGCAUGAAGAGCUCCAGACACGUGCAGAGGAUUUGCGAGAGCGAGAUGCAGUUGUCCUUCGCAGAGACCAGGAGCUGGAUGAAGUUAACGGCCAGCUAAAGGAUUUGCAGGGCCUUUUCGACGAAGUGAAUGGGCAGCUUCAGCACGAAUGUGGGCGCAUCGAGCGUCUGCAAGGUGCGGUCACACAGUGUGCGAAGCAAGCCAAAGAAUUGGACUCCUUGCAGAACAUGCUGGAGGAAUCCCAUCGCAUGCUCGCGCAGCUGCGUGAAACUCUCGAGAAGGAAAGAGCCGAGCGGAUGAGGGUAGCGUCACUCCUGGAGCAUGAGCAGCAAAGGACGCAACUGCUGCUGGACGUUCUGAAGCAUUUCAAGGAGAAGCUUCAGGGUCUCACUCCGCAGAUGCUGCUUAGUCGGCUCGGCGUCAGCGAUCCGAAGGCGUUGCUGUCAAGCCCAACGCUGAACAAGUUGAUCAGCGAAGCAUCAUCGGAUCUAGCACCUGUUCUCAAUGGCCUGGAGAGCUCCAGCAUGCCGGACGGGAAGUCUUCUCUGAGAGCUCCACGUGGUUCUGUGUCGCCGUGGGGUUUACCAGGAGGUCCAGGUCUUGCAUGCCGUGGCGCUGCGGAAUCGCCCUGGCGAGCUCCCACAGCAGCCUUUGAGGCACCUCCGGAGCCCUGUGUGCCUGUCUCGCAAAGGCAGCUUCGACCCACGGGGGCUAGCGCAGCCCCACAAACUGGCGUUGCACGUGGAGAAUCAUAG